AUGUCCACUUUUCCCAAUAUUUAUACUCAUAGAAAAGUGGCCGACCACGGUGCGAGGCCCUGUGAUGUUUGCUUCAAAGCCUGUACAUCAGUUUUGGUUGCGUCUGGCCAAAAAGAUUUCUUUUUUACUUGUCCGGCCCAUCUGAAAGAUAAAGCCUUCUGUAGUCCCAUAAUUGAUAACAACGCUGUGGCAGCCCAGGAAAAGAAAAUCAUUGACGAUGAGAUUGUACGGUUAAAAACGGAAUAUGAAGAUAAGAAAAACAAGGGGAAAAAUGCAGAGGCCGAGUCAGACAGCAAAACAGAGAAGGCAACCUCUGACGUAAGUCUAGAAAAGAGUACUCCUGCAAAAAAUGCCAAGGUGGGUUCCGAGCCAGUCGUUAUCAGUAAGGAAGAACCGAGCCUUUUUGCUUUGCACAAGAUAUUUUUCCAACAGCGCCUAGAUAAGAAGAAAAAAAACGAAAUGGCCAAGCGGAGUUCAGAACGGGUUUUAAGUCCAUCUCUCUUUCCUCAAGUUCCUAAAAAUUUGCCAUGA